GCUCAGAACCUUUUCCUGACCUUUCUUUAUUUUCACCCGAUCUCACUUUCUCUAUAUAUAUGUUCUUAAUUUUUAUUUAUUUGCCCCAUAAUAAUAAUAAAGCCCUGCCUCGUUUUAAGUAUUGUAACUCUCGAUCACCGCUACCCUUUCCGAUUGAUCUGAGUCCCAUAACGCAUGUCAAGGCUCUGCCCGACUAAGUUCGUUUGGAUUCUAUCUCGGAACUUCGGGACAAGGUUAAAUUAGGGGUACUAUACUUAACACGAGUGCAUUAUAGCUUAAAAGUUAUACCCAAAAUUUAUACCAGGAAUCCUUCUAGUUGAACCCUAAAGUUACACAGUGGGUCCAUUCCUUUUUCCCACCAUUUUAUUCUCUUUUUGUGAGUUACCCAAAACUAUUAUUUAUUAUUGGGGAAAGUGAAUACGGUGCUGUUAGACGUAUAACCUUACGCGCCAAACCCAUCAAAACUACGUAGUUUUGAUUAAAAUCUUUAUAAAGUUAAAAUAAAUCUUUUAUUUUUCAAAUCCCUAAAUAACAAACCAAAAAGAACGUGGUUCUGGUUUCUGGUUCAUCCCCAAAUCCAAAUUCCCAGUCGGCCAUGGAUAUCGAUCUCGAAGAACAAAGCUUUUCGCUCGACGAUUCAGGAAGAAAGGUACCAUCAAUCUCUCCACCUACCUCUGAACCUAUCACGCUGGAGAUUAAUCCGUCAGGUUGUUCAUCAAUUUAUCGGUUUCGACAUUUUUGUACUUUUGUUGAUGGAGAACAUUCAGAAGCUAAGCUAAUGGAUUCAAGAGUUCAACCAGAGAAGGAAGCUUUAGAAUCGAAUUUGAUUGAUGAUAUUGAUGCAAAUGGGUAUUUAGUCGUACAUAGUGAUUCCGAUGUUGAAGUAGAGGAUAUAAAAGACUUCGACAUGGAUUUUGAGUUUGAGAAAGAAGUAAAUGAUGAUGUGAUCGGGCAGGUUUUUGAUACUCUUGGUGACGCAUAUGAUUUCUACAAUCGCUAUGCAUUUGUACAUGGGUUUGGAAUACGUAUUCGUUCGACUUUUAAGGAUAAGACAACAAAUGAACCUUAUAGAAGGAAAUAUGUAUGCAACAAAGAGGGGUUUAAAGAUUUAAAGCGUGAUAGUUCUAAAGGAGAUGUCAAACGUCGUAGGGAUUUAAGGACCGGAUGUGAAGCAUUUCUUAGGAUUUCAAAAGGUAAAGAUGGAAAAUGGCUAGUAGAUAAAUUUAAUGAUUCACACAAUCAUGAACUAACUGUUACUCCGACCAAAGUUAUGAAAAACCGGUCUCAUGGGAAGUUUCACCGCGCAGAAGCUUGCAAAUCUCUAAUGUCGGAACUUAGUCAAUCCAGGUUGAAACCUAGUCAAAUCAGGAAGGUCGUAAACACCAUGAAAAGUCCAUGUGAAAAUGAUGUCACCAAGAAAGUGGGUCAUUACAUCAGCAGUUGUCCAAAAAAGAAGAUGGAAGAGUCGUUACUAGAAAGAGAAGGAUGAAAUGUGAAUCGGCUUGAAGAAUCAGCAAGUUUGCAAAUUUGUUAUGGUGGCACUUGUUUCAGUCUUGUAGAAAGUAAACUUAUUUUUGUAGUUUUACAAUUUCUUUAUUACAAUAGUUUUGAUAUUAUUGGGUCAAAAUAUGGUGAAUUAAAUGAAACGGGUCAAAAUAUGGUGAA